AUGAGACCUACUCUCUUCUUGUGUCUUUUUGCGGGGCUCAGCUGCUGUGCAGGUAAACUGCAGUACGGGCCUCUUCCGAGAGCAGGAGCGAGCCCUGUUAACGUCGACCCGGUGCUGGACUGCGAACUCAAGACGUUGGCCUGGGAAUACGCACAGAAGUUGCUCCCGCGACAGCCAGAAGAUUUCAAGAGCGUCUACGACGCGUUGCAACUCCAGAACUGCAAGCCGCCCGACGAACGAAAACCCAAAAACUACGAAGUGGUCCCCUUCUCUCACAGCAUCUCUCUCAGCACCGAAAACCUCACGAUCUACGUCGACGCCGACCGCGGAAAUGACGCCAACCCUGGAACACUGACGAGUCCGGUGAAGACUGUGAUGCAGGCCGUGAAGCUGUCGAGGUUGAAUCGCAAGAACCAGGAGCAGGUGGUAAUCUACCUGAGAGGCGGAAACUACUUCUUCUCGCAGACCAUAGAGCUGGGUCCAGAGGACAGCAACAUCGUCAUAGCAGGAUAUGAUGGAGAGGCAGCGACUGUCAUUGGUGGCAGAGACUACCAGUUUGACUGGGUGAAGAUGGUGGAUGUGAUGGGGCCCAUCAUGCCUGGAGUGAGUGCAAUUUAUGGUACUGUGUCGGUUGGUGGAGAGAGCAAUGGAGUUGCUUGGUUCUAUGGAAAAGUAGACAACGCAAGUGCCUGUCAGGCAGCGUGCACCCAAAACGCUAGUUGUUUUGCCUUCACUUGGCACGAUCAAACCACCGGUACUUUUGCAAACGACUGCUACUUUCGUGUUGAUGGUAUAUGGGUGCCCACUCCACAGAGCGGACACUACAGUGGGAAAAAACUGAAGAUAUAUUCGGCCGACCUAAGCAGCCAGAACCCAACACCGUUCAACACUCUCUUUAUCGGGGGUCGAAGAGCAAUUCGAGCACGGUAUCCUGACGGAAAUCCCGAGACCAUGGGACUGCACACAAUCCCAACUGGCUAUGUUUCCAGAGUCGAUUCUUGGCUACCGCCGAAACAAAUGCCAGAAGCCAAAGAAAUACACGUCGAAUCUCCCAUUCGGAACGGAACCCACUUUCCUCAGUUUGAACUUGGGAUAGGGGGCCCUGUGGCGGUAUUUGAUCCUCCAGAGUCUUAUUGGGGGCUAAAAUCUCCCUCGGGCGGUGGUGGUUCGACGUAUAAGGUGACCACUGGUCUAGUUUACUCGAGUGAGGAAGAAAUUGCCACUCGUAAUUGGAGCAACCCUACCACGGGGGUCGUGCACACCUUCCAGUGUGGACACUGGGGCAACUGGCAGUUUCAGGUGGCGUCGAGAGACAUGGAGAGCCGGACCAUCUACUUUGACACCGGUGGCUACCAGGAAGCAAGAGGCUGUGGGUCCGGCGCCGAGUGGUACGUGGAGAACAUAAUGGAGGAAUUGGACGCACCAAACGAGUGGUUCUACGACGAAUCAAAGAAAGUACUCUACUAUUUCCCUAACUCAUCGGUUCUCCCUGAGGCUGGAAUUGGAACUGUGCUAGAUACCCUCUUUGCCGUCCAGGGAACGUCCGAUGAACCCGUUACACAAGUCACGUUUGCCAACCUCACGUUCGGCUACACUGCCUCGACUUUCCUGGAAAAAUACGAAGUCCCCAGCGCUGGAGAUUGGGCAAUCCACAGGGGAGGGACCGUAUUCGUAGAGGGAGUCGACGGAUUGCUCGUACAGAACUGCCUCGUCUUUUCUCCGGGCGGAAAUGGCAUCUUUCUCAGCAACUAUGUCAGGAAUGCGGUAAUUGAGGGAAAUGAAUUUGUGUACACUGGAGACAGUGCCAUUGCAGCUGUCGGGACGGCGUACCUGAUUGACGGAACGCUCGGAAGCCAGCCCCGAGGGACGCAGAUUUUGAGCAACCUGGUCCACGAGAUUGGAAUAUGGGGCAAGGAGACUUCGGCCUACUUUCAGAGCCUCGCCUGUCAGACUACGCUCGUGGGAAAUGUCUUCUUCAACGGACCGCGAGCAGGUAUAAACUUCAAUGACGGUUUCGGCGGGGGUAACCUUCUGAAAAACAAUCUACUUUUCAACAUGGUCCGAGAAACUGGCGACCACGGGCCCUUUAACUCCUGGGACAGGCAGCCAUAUCUGACAGAGGUCGGGAAUGGUAUACCCUCCCUUACUCCCGCCCAGAACAACAUAACACUCAACUUCAUCAUCAACAACUACCACUCAACCUGGCCACUGGACCACGACGAUGGAUCCUGCUAUUACUACGAUACAUACAACUACCUCGUCUACGGAGGCUACAAGAACUUUCUGGGACACUCAAAGGUAGUCAAGUACAACUACUACAUUUAUCCCGAUGUUGAUUUGUCAGGGCAGGAAAAGUUGGGAGCGUUCUUUCAAAAGCCGUACUGUGCAAAUAGCGACGGGGCUUCGAGAGACACUUUACCGUCAGGAUGGGGUGAAGUUUGGGCCAACAACACGUGCAUUAUCGGUAACCCAAACAUCUACGAGUUCAGCAGCUGCACUCCAACGGGUGACAACACUGGACUGAUACCGCUUACAGGCAACAACACUUUCUUUGCCCCCAAUGCCUACAUCUACAUCAAGUGCAGCGACAAGAAUCUGUCGUUGGCAGAAUUUCAGUCCUUGGGCUACGACAUAGGGUCCGUAGUACAUGACCCAGCCAGUGAUUCGACAAUCAUUGACUGGGGACGUAACCUCCUCGGAAUAUGA